ACCGUUUCAUCUAGCCGGUGCUCGGAGCCUGCUGAAUCCCAUAUCGUCUACCUCCCAGCUCUUUCACCUCAUACACAUCUCCCAUCCCCGUCGCCCGCCGCCGCCAUGGGCGCCGUCCCGGCGACCUGGCACUGCCCGGCCUGCAACGCCGACUUCGUUGGCCCCGAUGCCGCCGAGGCGCACCUGGCUGAGCACGCCUCCCGGGCCGGCGGCGACCGAGGCCAGUGCGAUCUCUGCGACGGCCGGCGGCUCGACAAGAAGCAGCUCGCGGCACACCUGAAGGACCCGGUGUUCCACAACAUCUGUCCCGUGUGCAAGACAGAUUUCUUCCGGAGCAAGUCGGGCCUGGAUAACCACAUCAGCCGGAAGCACGCCAGGUGCCCGGUGCCGUCUUGCGGCGUCGUCUUCGAGAGGGCCCAGAUCCAGGACCACCUGGCCAAGAAGCACCCUACGUGCAACACCUGCGACAUCACCUACGCGGACCCCCUUGAUUUCAUCGCCCACAAGCACCGUGUGCACAUCUACUGCGACGACUGCGGCGUCGACUUCCCGUCGGCGGAAGCAUACGAGGGCCACUGCAGCAUCUACCAUCCCGGCGACAAGAGUCCCGGCGAUGCUAGCAAGUUCGACGACCCUGAGCCCGCCGGGGCGAAGUGCAAUAUAUGCGAGCACUGCUACGAAGCGUUCGCCACGGAGGCCCUCCUCUCGGCCCACAGGAGUUGUUGCCCCAAGCUCGAGUGCGAGAAGUGCGGCUACAGGUGCGUGACUGCCAUGCAGCUAUGCGUCCACCUCGAGGAAUUCCACCUCUACUGUAGGCUUUGCAACAAGUGGUUCGAGAGCCCGAACGCCAUGAAGCGCCACAGACUGGCGGAACUGGACCACCGGCAGUGCUCGAACUGCAAGAGGACCUUCAACGAGGUCGCUGCCCUCCUGUUCCACUGGCAGCGGUACCAUCACCUCUGCUUAGAGUGUCGGAAGGGGCCCUUUAUGUCGACCGACGACCUCAACGAGCACUUGCGCGGACAUGCUCUCGGCGAAGACAAUAAAUACUAUUGUCUAGGAUGUAAAAGGAUAUCUGCCUCGAUGUCCACAUUGCUGAAGCACCAAGAAGAAGCUCACCACUACUGUGACCGCUGCAAGAUAUUUUUCGAAAGCGGAGGCAUAUUGGCCGCACAUAAGAGCAUGGGCCACAAGGACCCGAAACCUCAAAAUGAACACUCAAUGAUGACAAACACUCGGGAAAUCGAGAACAGUUCGGACCUCUUUUCUGUGAGCGGCACUAGCCACCAUAGUCAUGGCGAAGCCGCGCGCAGAGAUGGCCUCAAUGUGCCACAAAGGUCUACCUUGGAUUCUCCGGUAGGCCCUCCUUUAGGUACACGUGGGUAUCUAUUGCCAAAACGCCUCUCUAGGCUUCAUGAUCGAGAAGGAAGGGGGGGUCAGAUGAUACAUAUGCUAACGCCGGCCGACUGUAGGAGGCACGGCACAACGCGUCCUCGAAGGUAGCGCUGCGGCGAUACGCUCUCCCCGUCGAGCGCCUCGAGGAGAGCCCGCACCACCCCCUACUGCCGAACCUGUACAGCCAGCUCCAAACCGCGGACACCGGCCGGAGGUACACCACCGAGGCCACCAGACUACCCCCGUUCUGGGGCCCGUCGAUCCCGUCGCUAUUCCAGCAGGAGCAGGAGAGCCUGGGCGGGAGACGCGAGUGUCGCCUUUGCGAUGA